AUGCGCAGGCAACUCCUACACGAAGCGUCUGUCGCCGGAAGCAUCGCUCAAGUGGACGCCUACCUCCGUCAGCCGCAGGCAUCCAUCAACGACACCCUCGGUGAUAAAUGGACUGCGCUGCACCAUGCCGUGCAGCACGGACACUUGGACCUCUUUCGUUACUUGAUCACCUUACCUGACAUCGACUUGGACGCCAAGACCUUAGCUGGAACGUCACCUCUCGCACUGUCGAUAUGUCGCCACAAUCUCACUAUGAUCGAGGCGUUGGUGGACGCAGGCGCUAGGAAAGACAGCAUCGUCUGCUUGUAUAAAGACGGAAGUAGUAGGGAUAGACGUAUACCGAGUCGACUGCUCCACAAGCUAUCGCCGCAGUGGUCCCCCAUCUGGACCCCCAUGCUCCACCGGCGGCUUCCUCGACUGCAGCGCAAAGUGAUCUACACCCUCCUCCUUGUCAACAAUGCGUGCCAUCGAAGACGCAGUUGGCGCGAAUGGCUUCGCAAGCUUGACGUUUUGGCGAUUUGGCCAGCGACGCCGUACCUUCCUCCGUGUUCGUGGCGCUAUCUGCCGCUGCCGAUCCUCCAUCUCGUGUUUGAGUUCUACGCAUGGAUCGAUUGA